ACAAUAUAUAUAUAUAUAUUUUAAAUUAUUUUGAUGUAUUAUUCAUAAUUUAAAUAAAACAAAUAAUUUAUUUAGAAUAUCUUUAAUAACAUUAACUAAAGGUAGAUUUAAAUUAUUCAUUAUUCACUAUUUUAAAAAUAUAGUGAAAAUAUAGUGAAAUAUUAUGAAUCCAUCUUUAUAUUGUAAAUGUUACACAUUAUAUAUAUGAAGUAACCUCUUUUUUAAAUAUAAAAUCAAAAAAAAAAUUUGAAUUUAUAUAUUUAAAAUGUGGACUUUAUUAAAUAAAUUUUAUACAUUUAGACAUAUACACGCAAAUAUAUCUUAUAUAAAAAUAUUAAGGAAAAAUUAUAUAAAAGAUCAUCCUUAUAAAAAUAUUCAUCCUUGGAAAUCAUUAUCAGAAUUUUCAAAUGAUCUUAUAAAUAAUUUAAUUUAUAAUAAAGAUGGAUUAGUAAUAUUAAAUAAACCAUAUGGAAUAAGACGUAAGAAAUUUAAUUCAUUUAAAAGCUUAGAAAAUAAAAUACCUAAUAGUGUUGAUUAUACAUUAGAUGAUGCUUUACCUUAUAUUGCUAAAGAAUUAAAUUAUUCAAAUUUAAAUAUAAUUAAAAGUCCUGAAAUGUACAUGAGUGGUAUUACACUUUUAGCAGCAAAUCCAAAUAUUCAACAUAAAAUAGAAUUUGCAUUUAUUCAUUAUCGCAAAUAUUUCAUAAAUACUUAUUGGAUAGUUACAGUUGGUACACCAAAAGAAUCAAGUAAUAAAUCCUGCGUAGGAAUAAAAUCAAUUUCAAAUCCUCAGUUUAAAAAUAAAAGGCAAAUUCUUAUCACAUCAUGGUCUAAAAAUGAAGAAAAAUUAAAAAAGAUAAAAAUAUUAAGAACACAAUACAAAAUAUUAUCCAAUUCUAUACUUAAUUUAUGUUCUUUAAUUGAACUAAAAUCAUCUUUCCAUAAUAAACAUGCAAUUAGACUAUUUGCAUCAACAUUUUUAUAUUGUCCAAUUUUAGGAGAUAAUCUUUAUGCAUCUCAGAUUCAGAAAGUUGGAAAUACUUAUGUAAGAGUCGAUCCAUUUCUUACUUAUUCUACACGAAAAUUGGAUGAUAAGAUUCUUAAAUUAUUAGGUAUUACACCUAAUAAUCAGAAUAUUAUUCCUACUCAUAUUCAUCUAAGAUCAAUAGUUUUACCAAAGUUUUUUGGAAAAACAUUAAAAAUUGAAGCUCCUUUAAUGCCAUAUUUUGAUUGGACAUAUAAACAACUUGAAUUUAAACAUACAAUACAAAAACAGGAUAUAAAUCACACUUUAUAAAUAUAAUGAUUUAAAUAUAAUUUUUUCAUUAAAUAAAAUAAUAUUUACUGAU